AGCCAGAAUUUGACCACGUAGACAGCGGAAGUGGUGCGCUAGAAGAAAUUCCACAUCAUUCAUAAAGUGUCGCCAGUAGCCAGAAGCAGUGGGGCAAAUUCUCGCAACUUGUGGCUCCUGUAAACUGGUGCAGUCGUGUCGAAGGAAGUUCAGCGCUUGCGCGUUAAGGUUGCGUGUAUGAGUGCUUUUUAUCGGUUUUAUGAAUAAAACGCUAUGGUGAUCCAGCAGGAGGUGGUCUCGAGGGCGGAGGAAAUAGCUGAUCAGGUGAUUCGAAAUGGAAAACACAUAUUGCCAACACUGGCAAGAUUAUGUCUGAUUGCCACAUUCUUAGAGGAUGGAUUGCGAAUGUGGUUUCAAUGGAACGAACAAAGGGAAUACAUGCACUUGUCAUGGGGUUGUGGACAGUUUUUAGCAACCGUCUUUGUCCUGAUUAAUUUCAUUGGCCAACUCGGAGGUUGCGUAAUGGUCAUUGGAAGAUGGCGAGUGAGCAUAGCCUGUGGAGUCCUCUUCUUCAUAGUUGUGCUACAGACAUUUGCAUACAGUAUCCUGUGGGACAUGCAAUUCCUCUUCAGGAACCUUGCACUUAUUGGUGCUCUCUUACUGGUCCUCGCAGAAUCCAGAGUCGAAGGAAGGUCAUUAUUUGCUGGAGUACCAACACUUGGUGACAACAAACCUAAAAACCUUUUACAACUUGCUGGAAGGGUUCUCCUCGCUUUCAUGUUCAUCACCCUAAUACGUUUUGAAAUAUCUUUUCUCCAAAUACUCCAAGAUAUUCUUGGAAGUAUUCUUAUGGUUUUAGUGACUAUUGGGUACAAAACAAAGCUCAGUGCUUUACUACUUGUCCUUCUACUGUCUGCUUUGAACUUUUAUCACAACGCAUGGUGGACCAUUCCUGACUAUAAACCUCUCAGAGACUUCCUUAAAUAUGACUUCUUCCAGACAUUAUCAGUGAUCGGUGGCCUUCUAAUGAUAGUCUCCCUUGGACCUGGUGGAGUUUCUAUGGAUGAACACAAAAAGAAGUGGUAGAAAUGUGACUGCCAUUAAAUCAUCAAGAACAUAAAGAAGAACAUUUCUCAUUCCCAUUUCCGCGAGUUCAACCAACAGCCAAACGGGCUAUGAUAGCAAACAUCAGAGAUGACUGUACGGCAGGAAAACGCCGUUGUGCAUGAAUAAAUGGAUUUAGGUUAUUAUUGUGACACGGAAGAACGCUACGCUGCUACUGUUAAUGUUAAUACAUUACAAUUUAUAUUAAAAAAAAAAGCAUAAAUAUUAUGAGCAUAACGACGAGAAUACCGUCGGAAAACAACGUUUUAUUGAAACAGAUGUUAAAGUAAAAGCAAAAAUAUGAGACAAAUGAAGACUAAUUUAUACUACAAGAGUAAAUGGCAUUGUACAUAUGGCAGUACAUUUAUUAUGAAAAAUAUAUUUUUUUGGUGUGUUUUUAAUUUCUCUCUAAUAGAAGUAUAUGUUGUAUGCAUAGUACAGUAGCAUUUAAGUUUAACAAACGAUAUAGCAAAGUAAUCAUUAAAUUCACUGUUGAUCUCUGUAUUGUCACAAACAUUUCUGGCUUUCCUAAGAUAAAUAAUGGAAAUUAUAAUGAAGUUACAAGUGAGAAUCAGUAAAAGGUAAAAUCACUCAAAAGAUAUAUGAUUGUAAAUAAAUAUUCAAUUUGUUACUCGA